AUGCCUUUGAUAUCUGUACCUUUGGAUAGUGAAGAGAUGAAGGAGAGCGCGGAGAAAGUUACAGGUCCAAGACACCCAAGCUAUGAGAGAAGAUGGAUUAAGAGAUAUCGCACUGAAAUUGCCGCUUCCACGGGCAGUAUUCUAUCAACUUUUGUAGCCUUUCCACUGGACACAGUUAAAACAAGGAUGCAAGCUUACAACUAUUCGAGCUUCGCCGAGUGUGUACGGCAUACCUACAAGACUGAAGGAUAUCAAGGCUUCAGCAGGGGAGUAGUAGCUCCAUUGUUAAGCGUCACGCUGGUUCGAACAGUGUCGUUUUCGAUAUACCAACGAUCCAAGUACAGUUUCGCGGCUUGGAUCAAGCGAAACUUUGGGACAGAUCCUCUAUUACACAUCAACACUCCAGGGAAUUACCCAAAUUUUUCUACAGUUGUGUGUUUUGGAGUCGCAGGGGCGUCAGCAGGGUCUUUUAUUACGAUGGUUUCAUGCCCAUUUGAAUUAACGAAACUUAGCGCCCAGGUUUCGCACAUAGCGGCACAUAAAAACAUAGUAUCGGACUCAAAAGAUGCCCGUAACAUCGCAGCAACCUAUCAGAAUAAAGGGACGUUCCAGACAGCCAAGAAUAUCAUAAAAUACCGCGGUAUAGGAGGGUUGUAUACCGGGUUUAAUCUCCAUUUAGUUCGAGACACAUUGGGGACUGCGACGUACUUCAUGACUUAUGAGAGCGCCAAACAGGUUUUAACUACCAUCAGCAAAGAUCGAUCGUCGGUGAAUCCGAUAGCCGUAGCUAUUGCAGGGGGGGUGUGCGGCAUUGCGUCUUGGGCUCUAAUAUAUCCCAUAGAUUCAGCAAAGAGUAUUUACCAAACAAAUAGCCUUCGGUUGAGCCGUGGUCAACCGAUUCCCAAGGCACCAAAGAUCGAAUUUAAUAACAAGCGAAUGUAUCGAGGAUUAGGAGUUUCUAUGGGUCGCUCUUGUCUCGUUAAUUCGGUAUUUUUUUCUGCCUUUGAGUUUGUCAAAAAACAAGUCAUUGCCCUUGAAGACUAG